AUGUUAACGAUCACUAUAUUUUUGUUUCUUUUAAAGGAGUACAGCUGUUACCUUGUAUUACCAGAACCUUCUUUUAACGAAAAGCCACUACUAAGGAGUCCUGUUAAUAAUGGGCCUAUUCCUGAAUACUUUGAUUGGAGGGACCGCGAUGCUGUGUCACCCGUAGUGAAUCAAGGAGUCUGUGCAGCUUGCUGGGCUUUCGCCACCACUGCUACCAUAGAGAGUCAUCGGAAAAUAUAUCUGGAAGUUAAAGAGAAGUUAUCGGAACAGUUUCUUAUCGAUUGUGAUGAUGCAGGCGUGGGGUGCAGGGAUGGAUCCAUGCUACAAGCAUAUGCAAACAUGAUCAUAAAAUCUGGUGGUAUACUCCGAAACAUAGACUAUUAUCCAUAUGCAGAAGAACAGAGGGAAUGUAGAUGGAAUGCAGUAUUAAACCGUCAUGCGACAAAUUAUACUACAAGGUGGUUCGAGAACGGUCCUAAGCCACAUCCCAGACCAGUACCAGUGGUCGGGUUUCGAAGAGUUGUUAGAGAUGAAGAUGUUAUGGCAAGAUAUCUUUAUCGACAUGGACCGUUAUCUGCGGCCAUUAACUCAGCGUCUAUGGACAACUACACGGGUGGUAUUGAUGAGCCUACAGAAAAAAGCUGCAGUCCCAGUGGAUUGAACCAUGCCGUCGAGAUUGUAGGAUACAAUGUUUAUGAAAAUGAAAACGGUAACAGGAUUCCAUACUGGAUAAUCAAGAACUCCUGGGGGGCGGGGUGGGGAGACAACGGGUACUACUACCUGGCGCGCGGGCGCAACGCCUGUGGCAUCGCCAGUGAUGUUUCUUUCCCUAUAGUCGGCUAAAAUA